AUUCCUUCCCUGGACCUAUCGUUGUCUAUCACGUGCUGUUCGUAGGGCUGUUAACGCCUUACCGCAGUCAGUGAAUUAGAUAAAUGAAGUGAUUUACUGCUGUUUGAAGUCUGAAGCGUGCAAUUUGGCUUCGAGAAAUUGCUGGAUGCCUAACAAAUAGUGGAAUUUUUUAAUGUUCUUGUUCAGUUGCAGAUCCCUUAUUUGGACCAAGCGAGGUGUCACCCAUUGUAGCAAUGGAUGUAAUUGGUUCUAGUGCUGUUGAACAUGUUGCUACAGCUAGUGCAGCAGAUGCUUAUUCUAUCCUUAUCUUUUUCACCCAUGUGAGGUGUCACCAAGUUUUUAUGGACAUUUCUCAUGAUCCUUGUACUUCUGGACAGGUGCUAGAAGUCAUUCUGGGAGAUGAAUCUGCGCCUUCAGUGUCUGAUCCUUUUCCAGAGAUGGCUUCUGAAGCAUGUCUAUUAGACCCUACAAGUUUGACCCUAAGUGGCUUUAAAUUAAUGUUCACUUUAAAGAGUCAGAACUCAGAGAGAUAAUUUUAAAGAAUUUUUUUUAUGUGCAGUGAAUGACUUUGUGCACAAUGAACCAAGGUUCUGAACAUAUCUCGUUUACGCUGACAGUUUGUAAUGGUACGAACGAGAGUUUUAAAAUCAGUGUGAAUUCUGUCAUUGGAUACAGAUCCAUUAUAUAAACUGUAUUUCCCACAUCUGAUUUGGAUAAUUCUAAUUAAAUAAAAUUUAAAGAUAAUAUUAAUUCUGUAAAGCAUGGUCAUUUUCUCAAUUUUGGAAUGCC